AUGGCAGUGCUGUUAGAAAUAGGUCGUAUUUGGUGUGAAGAUAAUUGUAAAGACUCCAGAGGACUGAAGAUUCCAGAGGAUUGUAAAGACUCCAGAGGACUGAAGAUUCCAGAGGAUUAUAAAGACUCCAGAGGACUGAAGAUUCCAGAGGAUUAUAAAGACUCCAGAGGACUGAAGAUUCCAGAGGAUUAUAAAGACUCCAGAGGACUGAAGAUUCCAGAGGAUUGUAAAGACUCCAGAGGACUGAAGAUUCCAGAGGACUAUAAAGACUCCAGAGGACUGAAGAUUCCAGAGGAUUAUAAAGACUCCAGAGGACUGAAGAUUCCAGAGGAUUAUAAAGACUCCAGAGGACUGAAGAUUCCAGAGGAUUAUAAAGACUCCAGAGGACUGAAGAUUCCAGAGGAUUAUAAAGACUCCAGAGGACUGAAGAUUCCAGAGGAUUAUAAAGACUCCAGAGGACUGAAGAUUCCAGAGGAUUGUAAAGACUCCAGAGGACUGAAGAUUCCAGAAGAUUAUAAAGACUCCAGAAGACUGAAGAUUCCAGAGGAUUAUAAAGACUCCAGAGGACUGAAGAUUCCAGAGGAUUGUAAAGACUCCAGAGGACUGAAGAAUCUAGAGGAUUGUAAAGACUCCAGAGGACUGAAGAUUCCAGAGGAUUAUAAAGACUCCAGAGGACUGAAGAUUCCAGAGGAUUAUAAAGACUCCAGAGGACUGAAGAUUCUAGAGGAUUAUAAAGACUCCAGAGGACUGAAGAUUCCAGAGGAUUAUAAAGACUUCAGAGGACUGAAAAUUCCAGAGGAUUAUAAAGACUUCAGAGGACUGAAGAUUCCAGAGGAUUAUAAAGACUCCAGAGGACUGAAGAUUCCAGAGGAUUAUAAAGACUUCAGAGGACUGAAGAUUCCAGAGGAUUGUAAAGACUCCAGAGGACUGAAGAUUCCAGAGGAUUACUCCAGAGGACUGAAGAUUCCAGAGAAUUGUAAAGACUUCAGAGGACUGAAGAUUCCAGAGGAUUGUAAAGACUCCAGAGGACUGAAGAUUCCAGAGGAUUGUAAAGACUCCAGAGGACUGAAGAUUCCAGAGGAUUGUAAAGACUCCAGAGGACUGAAGAUUCUAGAGGAUUAUAAAGACUCCAGAGGACUGAAGAUUCCAGAGGAUUAUAAAGACUCCAGAGGACUGAAGAUUCCAGAGAAUUAUAAAGACUCCAGAGGACUGAAGAUUCCAGAGGAUUAUAAAGACUUCAGAGGACUGAAGAUUCCAGAGGAUUAUAAAGACUUCAGAGGACUGAAGAUUCCAGAGGAUUAUAAAGACUCCAGAGGACUGAAGAUUCCAGAGGAUUAUAAAGACUUCAGAGGACUGAAGAUUCCAGAGGAUUACUCCAGAGGACUGAAGAUUCCAGAGAAUUGUAAAGACUUCAGAGGACUGAAGAUUCCAGAGGAUUGUAAAGACUCCAGAGGACUGAAGAUUCCAGAGGAUUGUAAAGACUCCAGAGGACUGAAGAUUCCAGAGGAUUAUAAAGACUCCAGAGGACUGAAGAUUCCAGAGGAUUGUAAAGACUCCAGAGGACUGAAGAUUCCAGAGGAUUGUAAAGACUCCAGAGGACUGAAGAUUCCAGAGGAUUGUAAUGACUCCAGAGGACUGAAGAUUCCAGAGGAUUAUAAAGACUCCAGAGGACCGAAGAUUCCAGAGGAUUACUUCAGAGGACUGAAGAAUCUAGAGGAUUGUAAAGACUCCAGAGGACUGAAGAUUCCAGAGGAUUGUAAAGACUCCAGAGGACUGAAGAUUCCAGAGGAUUAUAAAGACUUCAGAGGACUGAAGAUUCCAGAGGAUUGUAAAGACUCCAGAGGACUGAAGAUUCCAGAGGAUUACUUCAGAGGACUGAAGAUUCCAGAGGAUUGUAAAGACUCCAGAGGACUGAAGAUUCCAGAGGAUUGUAAAGACUCCAGAGGACUGAAGAUUCCAGAGGAUUAUAAAGACUCCAGAGGACUGAAGAUUCCAGAGGAUUGUAAAGACUCCAGAGGACUGAAGAUUCCAGAGGAUUGUAAAGACUCCAGAGGACUGAAGAUUCCAGAGGAUUGUAAUGACUCCAGAGGACUGAAGAUUCCAGAGGAUUAUAAAGACUCCAGAGGACCGAAGAUUCCAGAGGAUUACUUCAGAGGACUGAAGAAUCUAGAGGAUUGUAAAGACUCCAGAGGACUGAAGAUUCCAGAGGAUUGUAAAGACUCCAGAGGACUGAAGAUUCCAGAGGAUUGUAAAGACUCCCGAGGACUGAAGAUUCCAGAGGAUUGUAAAGACUCCAGAGGACUGAAGAUUCCAGAGGAUUGUAAGACUCCAGAGGCCUGA